UGCCUUGCGUAUUGUGAUUGUUAAAGGCAUGGGUUAUUAGGUAUGACGCCUCCUCGCCUGAAAGGAAAAGAAGGGCUUGGAUCCAUUAUUGAGAGAUCUAGCAGCAAGGUGGUGUGGUGUGGUGUGGUGCGCGAGCCCACACCACGUCAAUCUCUUCAUCAUGCCUGAGGGAAAUAUGGGAAAUGCCAAAUACCUUGCCCUGGUUGCUGAUCUUCACGUUCCAGGCGCCAGCGUGUCAAAGGGACAUGCCCAUGUACCCACCCAAGACGAGAUACUGAUGAACCCAACCAAGUUUUUUAUUUUCUUUUCAUCAGUCACCAACGUCAGAAACUAUCUGCCAUCCAGGUACCUAUGAAGCAUGACUUGUAUAAGUGAAAUACCUAGAGGCAACGUGGAAAAUGAUUUAAGCUCCGCAAUGAUGUCUUUCCCAGGAGCCGUAAUCCCGCGUAAAUUUUUCUCUUUGGUACAGUAGACUGACUAAAAGGUUUUUUUUUUUUCCCCAACUCAACCCAAAGGACAUUGGGCUACGUCUGAAAACGGCAAUGAUGCUACAUACCCAUACCCUAGGACUGGCCCAAAACGCUUUCGUCAGCUGCUCUUACUCGGACACAAAACUUAAUUGCCAAGCUCCUCUUUUGAUCCCAUUAAAAAAAAAUACAUGGAAGGAAAGGAAGAGAGAAGGAAAUUUUCUCGAGUUUGUUAGUGUCCUUGGCGGCCUGUGCCUGUAGAGGAUGAUGUAGGUGGCCAAGCCAUCCCGCUCAACUAAAAAAGUGUCAGGGAAAAAAAGAGAAAGAAAUGUGCAGUAGUACAAUGUUUAGCAGCUGCAUGUUUUUACUGUGAAGUAGUGCUCGGCAAACGCUCGGAAUGCACUUGUAUCUGCAUUGGCACAAUUACAUGACCUCUGGGCCUUUACAGUACUCAGAUACAUUUGGUAGUCACACUUAUGACAUACCUAACAAACAGCCAAUGCGCCUAACAACAGAUUUAUUGUUAUC